CGUCUUUUGUUUUCACUCAGUUGGUGGCAAUGUAGCUCACAGUACCUAGUUGCUAGUUAAGAAUACAAAUACGUUUAUCAUGGCUGGUAGAAAGGCAUUAGAAGUGUAUUUAGAUUUAUUGUCACAACCAUGUAGAGCAAUACAUAUAUUUCUGAACUGCAAUAAAAUUUCGCACACGGUGAAAACUGUUGCGAUACGAAAAGGUGAGUUUACAGCUGGCUGGGCUACUAGCUAGCUAACGUAGCUUUGGGUUACAACUAACGUUACCAAGAACAUCUAGCUAACAUGCAAGCAAUCUUAUCCUUAAGGUUCCAGGUUCCUACUACUACACAGGUUAUUCAUGUUAAAUGGAAAUGCAUAUUUCUGUUUGAUAUAUUUAUUAACAGACUGAGCGAUACUUUGUUUUAAAAGCAGAGCUCUGUCCUGCAUUGAACGUAGGUCUACUGUACCUUGAACUUUGUCCUACUGCGGCCUGCGUGCAUGAUCUCUGUUGAUAGUUAUCCCCAGUGUGUAGGAUACUUGCAAGCAACCUACCUAGCUAUUCAGAAUGUCAGUCAAUCUAUGCUAUUAUUUCACAAUCGACAAUAGACGUAAACAUGAACAAUUGACAGGCUUCCGUUGUUUCUACAUUAAUCAAUACAUCAAAGAAAUGUAAUUAACAUGUAUCAAUAACUUUGUUUAUAUAUAUAGGGGAGAAUAGGACUCCAGAGUAUACAAAACUCAAUCCCAUGCAGAAGGUCCCUGUGAUGGUCGACAAUGACUUUGUUCUGACUGAGAGGUAAGAUUCUUGAUUCACUGUCAGAUCCUACUUGUUGAAGGCUUUAAAAAGGGAAAAUAAAAGGACAUUUCCCCUCCCUCAUCUUGUUAUAGUGAUGCCAUAUUAAAAUACCUGGCCACCAGAUACAAUGUCCCAAGUAACUGGUAUCCCCGCCACCCGGAGAGGAGGGCGAGAGUGGAUGAGUACACAGCCUGGCACCAUACUAACACACGACCACAUGCGGCCAAGGUCUUUAUCAUGGAGGUAAGGCUCGCUCAUGGAACUCAUUGUAUGCUAUAUGUCAGUUGGCAGGUGAAAUGUAGCCUAGUCCCACCGCCACCAUCUCUUUGCAGCCAAGAUAUUACACAUAUGCAAUAGACUUUAGUAGACCAUGUUAUAGCUGAUGUUCUGUGUCUGUUGUAUGAUGGCACGCAAUGCUGCUUUGUGGUGUAGGUUUUACUGCCCCGUAUGACAGGGCAGCCCACAGACCCACUGAAGGUGGAGAGGGCUUUAGCAGACCUGGGUGACACUCUGGAGAAGCUGGAGAACAUGUUCCUCAAGAGGCAGCCCUUCCUCUGUGGAGAUGACAUCAGCCUGGCUGACCUGCUGGCCAUGUGUGAACUCAUGCAGGUGAGGAGCAGUGGACCAACUUCACCAGCAGAGUUCAGCCACUGGGUGAAGCAGACACUUCUGCUGAAAAGAUGGUCUCAGCCUGUCUGACCACUUACUACAGUAUAUUUAGAUUUAUGGAUUGCCUGAAUGCUACCCAUUUACAGAAUCACCUGAUUCAGCCUAAAUAAAUUGACUGCUUGCUCUCAGCCCCUAGGUGGCGGUAGAGACAUCCUGAAGGAUCGGCCCAAGCUGUUGAGCUGGAAGAGUCGGGUCCAGUCUGCGCUGGGGGACUCUUUUGAUGAGGCACACAUAGUGCUGUACCGUCUCCGGGACAGGUCCAAUGCCAAGCUAUGAAAUAAUCUGAAUAUGGUUUGAUAUGAAAGCUUUCACAAUGAUUAACAGCAGCACUACUCACAGAUGAAUGCACUGAUUAUGCUUGUGCUGUCCAUGUUGACCUAGAGAUUGAUGUUCUGUUUAAAGGCUCUAUGGGUGAGUGAUCAGAGUGCUUUACAUGAGCCACUGUAUGAUAUGAUGCAAAAUUAGUAGCUAGAUGGUACAGGUUUACGAACAAGAACCUUGAUCUGGGGUGAAGAUGGGAAAUGUUCAAUAGAGUAAAGAUAAUAUUUUUUAAUGAUAUACAACUGUCAAGAAUUAUGGGAUGCACAACAAUAAAAAUCCUGUGGAGAAUAACAGUUGUUUAUACAAAAACAAUUAUUUACAAAACGGGAGGCAAUUUCCAGUAGACAUAGCUCCACAUUGUUGCGGCGAUAUGUGAAUGCUUCCAUACAGCCGUUACACAUUAGCUAGUAUAAGGCAUAGCAGGCCAAUUUUCAACUAACCUGUUCUCGGUGAUACUUUCUUUGUUCUUGAUACGGGAGAAAAGUGCAUUUUAUAAAUGUCCAUGUCCAGUUAC